CGCCUUUUUAACGUGAUCGCUAUAUAGAGCUCUUUACACUUGGAGGGCCAAAAGUUUGUUUACAUCCGGGGCGCCGAAAAUGGGUGACAAGAAAAAAGUAAGCGAUGAUAAACCUCAAUCAGAGACGGAACGUCAGUUUCUAGAGCGAACACAAGUAAGCAGUCAAAUUAAAGAUGUACUAACUAAAGUUAUAGAGAACAGACCACUUGACCCUAUAGCCUUUAUCGCUGACUAUUUUGAAAGUGUGGGUGAUAAAAGUAAUAGGCUUUCAAAGUCUCACCAGCAGUUAUUACUAACCCAUCACUCAAGACCUGCAUUUGAGGCUAAUGUACGCAUAGCUUAUGAUAUACUCAGUCUGUCUAAAGCUAAACCCCAUAGUAAAAUAAAAGCAGGGAUGAAAAAGCCUACCUUGCACAAGACCAUAAGGGGAAUAAAUGGCUCAGUAUUUAUGGACCUUUUGAAUCUGUUGACAGAAGGGAUGGUGCCUGGUGUGAAAGAGAAACUGUACAAGAAACUGCAAUGCAAAUCCCAUGAGGUCAUCAGAUAUGAUAUAUUUCGAUCUGGAAUCUUUGCCUGCUUUGUACUGCAAGACUUUCUUAAAGAAGCUGAGGGCUUGUACUGCACAUUGGACCUUGGGAAAACAGGUAAAGCUGACAAGGCACUGUGUGAUACAGCCCUCCACCAACUUCUUCUCUCGGUGUCUACAGCAAAUAACACUGGGGAAUUAAGUGCAUUAGAAGCUGGCUAUAACCUUGGGCCAGACAAACUAUACACAGCUCUCAACCAGGCUCUCUCAGUGACAACUGAAAAGGGAACAAUUUCUUGUGAUGAUUUUCUGAUUGCUGCAGCAGAUGCUUUUCUACUUAAGGUAAACAAUGUUAACUGAAGAAUUGUCAAAAGCAAUGGAAUCCACCGUUUUACCUGUAUGUAAUACUCUCACGGCGAUUUAUCGUCUAUGGCAACAUCACAAUGGGUUGCACACGGCCUUAAAGACAUGCUCGGUUACAAUGUACCUGGCUUGCACGUGACUUGGAGUUUGACAUGGACAUGGGCGAUUGCUUACAUGGCCUGUACAUGUCGGUUCAUUAGCCCUACAUGUAUAUUAAUUUUUUAAUUUGAUAAACAUGUAUUUAUUAAUAUAAUAUAAAAAUCAAUGAAUAAGUUUAUUCUGAGGGCCGGUUAUCGUGAAAUGUAAUUAAUUACAUAAUUAAAUUUGGUGACAACAACAAAAUAUUGAUGAGGCCCCUAAAGGCCAGAAGUUUAGCAAUGAAGAC